UGCCAAGUGCCCCAAAACCCCCCAACGUUGGCCCCAACGUGUUGACUCUUCGUUUUGCUUUUGUGCCGUGCUGGUCGUGACGCGGCGUUGGCUCCGUGUUUAUAAAUUUUGCGUCGGCGGUGCGCGGCUUUGUUUAUAAAAAUUGUGUGUUGUAAACGCCGCGUGUGUGUGUGUGUGCAUGUAGAAGGGCGCCCGUUUUUCCUGUGUAUUAGUGUUUGAUUAUUCCGUGCAGCGUGUGAAAAAAUUAAUGCUGAAUUGGAUCAAAAAUAGCGGAAAAGCUUGUGGAGCUUAGGAGGUGCGAAAGCGACGCAGAGGAAAGAGCUUAGAGGUGCGAAAACGAAGAAGAGCAAAAGUACAUCACCUUUGUGUCAGCAGAAGCCGAAGCAGCGACUGCGACAGCGGAGCCGGCAUUGAACAAGCAAUAAAACAGAAGAGAGCAAAGCAAGUAAAAGAAAACAACAAAACGCAACACGACGUCAGCAGACCCUUGGUGGAGCCCCACAUUCCAGCGGCGGGCAUUUUGUGCGUCGGCAUUUCAUCAGCUGCAGGCGGAGGCCAGGCCGCCGUCAAGUCAGGCUUGGGGUCAGCGUCACCCCAAAUUGUUUGCAGUAGCAGAAAAAGCGCAGCAUCAGAGUCGUGGAACAAGUUCGACUGAUGAGAGGAGUAAAAGUUUCGGAUUCUGUUUAUGGAGUCAUAGUCACGUAGUGUAGUCUUGCAGCUUGCAGCGGAUCGUAGCAUCUACGUGUUUGUUUAUCCGUGACAACUAUCUCUGGCCCUGACCUAAGACAAGCGAAUCGGAUAAGAAGACUCUCUCUCUGUUUACCAGUUUAUCGGUGGGCUCAAAAUGAAGCAUUUCCUGUGGCUGUUGAUGCUAUGCCUGGCCCAAGGGCUAGCAAUGGGGGAAACCAAUCUACCGCCGGUGUUUACUCAAACCCUAAACAACAUUGUCCUGUACGAGAAUGUGCCACUGGGCACAGAUGUCUUUCGACUGGAAGGCUAUGAUCCGGAGGGCAGUGGCGUGACCUUUGGGGCCAUUGGCUCUGAUCAUUUCAGCGUGGAUCCCGUGUCGGGCAACAUUACGCUCGUGAAGCCAUUGGAUCGCGAGGAGAAGGACAGUCUGACGUUUCUCGUUUCGAUCAGGGAUCGCGUGGAUCCCGAGGGGGAUUCAGAGAAGGAUAAUGUGGUGCAGCAGCCGAUAACAUUCAUCAUUUUGGAUGAGAAUGAUAAUCCACCAGAGUUUCAAAAGACCCCCUAUGAGGCAGAUGUGAAUGAGGAUGCUGCCGUGGGGACGACCAUCUUUGAUAAGAUUCUGGUUAAAGAUCGGGAUAUAGUUGGCGACAGCUUGGAUCUUAAGUGCCUGCCACAACAGCAGAGCCCGGAGGCAUGCAGCAAAUUCCGCUUGCAGCUGCUCAAGCGAGAGGCCACUGUCCUCACUGCCGCUGUGGUGCUGAAUGACACGCUGAACUACAACCAAAGGAUGAUCUACCAUUUCCAGAUCGAGGCCAGCGACGGACUGCACAAAACCCAAACGACAUUCGAGGCGAGGGUCAAGGAUGUGCAGGACAAGCCGCCAGUGUUCCAGGGCUCCCUGUCGACGGUCAUCGAUGAGGAUAGUCCCAUUAAUACUCUGGUACUCACUGUGCACGCCAGAGAUGGAGACACUGGCGAGCCACGGAAGAUUGUCUACGAUCUGCUGACAAAUCCCAGCGACUACUUCCUGUUGGAUUCCCACUCCGGAGAGCUGCGCACUGCCAAGCCUCUGGACAGAGAGGCACUCGAGGGCUCCACGGGGAUCAUCUCGCUGCUGAUACGCGCCCGAGAGCUGGUCAAUGGCGUGCCCUCCGACGAUGCCCUGACGAGUGCCACGGCCAAGGCUACGGUGACGAUCCGCGAUGUCAACGACUCCCCGCCGAUGUUCAAUCGGAAGGAGUAUGCCGUGUCCCUGGAGGAGAACACCUCACCAGGGACACCCCUGGCCCUGGAUAUGAGUGUGAGCGAUGCGGAUGUGGGAAUCAAUUCGAAAUUCGCCCUGCGACUGGAGGAUGUCUCGGGGGUGUUUGAUGUGGAGCCGAAGCUCGUCACGGGCUACUCCCAGGUGAACAUUCGCGUGGCGAACGGCACUCUGGACUACGAGAAUCCCAACCAGCGAAAGUUCAUUGUCCUGGUGAUUGCAGAGGAGACGGACACCAGUCCGAAGCUCUCCUCGACGGCCACCAUCACGGUGAGUGUCCUGGAUGCCAACGACAACAAGCCCGUCUUCGAGCAGGAGAGCUAUUCGGCCUCUGUAUCCGAGGCAGCACUCCCUGGCCAGUACAUUGCUACCAUCACCGCCAGGGAUGUGGAUUCCGGUAGCUAUGGCGACUCUGGCAUCCGCUACAGUCUCUCCGGCACAGGAGCAGAGCUCUUCCACGUCAACGAGCAGACGGGCGUCAUCAGCCUCGCCAAUUGCCACGCCAACGCCAACGCCGCCACGAGCAACAGGCAGCAAAGGCGGAGGAGGAGACGUGACUUGUCCGACGAGCAGCAGGAGCAUGAGGAGGAGGGCGGCAGCCUGGAAAUGCUAUCCAUGGAGGAGGCGGUCGACCAUAAAGCGGACACGCGAGAGAUUAGCACAGAGCCCACCGUUCAAUACACGCUAAUCACACAGGCGCCUGCCACAACAGGAGCAGCUCCUGCCACAGCCAGAGGAGUUUCCCCUGCAACAGCAUCUCCAGCUAGUGCUAAUGACGACACGGCAGUGGAGACGACGUGUCUGGACUACGAAACGGAUACCACGUACUUCUUGUCAUACAAGGCCACCGAUGACAAUGGAAAGGGACAGACGGACAGGGUCUCGCUGCGGAUAUCCGUAACGGAUGCCAAUGACUCGCCACCCGUGUGCGAGAGUCCGCUCUACAGAGCCAGCGUGGAUGAGGGCGCCCUUGUCUUUGAUUCGCCACUAAUCGUAAAGGCACGCGAUGCAGACACCAUGUCGAGCAUCAGCUACAGGAUCCGUGGCACAGAACAGGUGGAGGGGAUCUUUGACAUCGACAAGGAGACGGGACAGAUCAGCAUUCGUCCCAAUGCCACGCUGGAUGUGACCAACCUGAAGAGCGACCAACUGAUCUUCGUGGUGGAGGCGAACGAUGGCCUUUUCAGCGCCAACUGUGGCGUGAAUAUCACCGUGCGGGAUGUGAACAAUCAUGCGCCCGAGUUCGAGCAGCACAGCUACAGCGCCGUCGUGGAGGAGAACUCGGAGAUUGGGACGAGCGUGGAGCGGGUAAGGGCCACCGAUUUGGACACCGGAAAGAACGCAGAGCUGCGCUACCGCAUCCAGCAGGGGAGCUUCGAUGACUUUGGCAUUGACGAGCGCACUGGGGAGAUCUUUGUGUCCCACAAACUCGACUACGAUCGGAGGAAUACCUACGCGCUGCAGGUGCAGGCCUCCGACCAGGGAACGCCCAGCCUCACGGGCACUGCCACCCUGACGAUCAAUGUGCAGAAUAGCAACGACAAGGAUCCCUACUUUGUGCCUGCCACACAGCACGCAGAGGUGCGAGCAGAUGCCCCAACCGGACACCUGGUGUACACAUUGAUAGCUCUCGAUCCAGAUGUGGCAAGCCACAAUGCGCUGGAGUUUGCGGCCACCGACGACAUCACAGCCAUCGACAAGGAGGGCAAGGAGCUGCCACACAACGACCGGUUCAAGGAGUACUUUGACAUUGCGCGCAAUGGCAGGGUGUUAGUCAAGACACAGCUGGAUCGGAGUCUGUUUGCGGUGAUGCGGAUUAAUGUACUGGUUACGGAUAGCACGGCACCGAAUGUACAGCAGGGUCGCGGUCUGCUGAUCAUCCAGAUAAUAGAUGUCAACAAGAUUCCACCGCGCUUCAGUGCCCCUUGGAGUGCGGAACAGCCGCGGAUCAAGCUACAAAUGGUGGAGGAACAGCCCGUGGGCACUGUGCUCAGCAUCCUGCAGGCCACAGAUGAGGAUUCGAGCAUCGGGGAGUACAACAUCACGGAGAACGAGUACUUUGCCAUCAAUCACACGAGUGGAGCGAUCUACUCCGUCGCUCGCUUGGACUAUGAGGACGUGAAGGAGGUUAAAUUCCUGGUCACUGUCAGCGAUACGGGUGUGCCUGCCCUGACCUCCACAGCGGAUGUCGUGGUGGACAUUAUCAACCUGAACGACAACGAGCCGCGGUUCACCCACUCCGAUUACUACUUCAACAUCACCGAGAACUCCCCCCGCGGCACUGUGGCAGGAAAAGUGGAGGCCCAGGAUGGGGAUGUGGGUGUCUUUGGGGAGAUCACGUACACGCUGAUUGGGGAGAACGACAAGUACUUCAGCAUCGAUGCGUACACGGGCAAUGUGAUGGUUGCCAAUGCCUCGAUCCUCGAUCGGGAGCAGAUCAAGGAGCUCACGCUGUCGGUGGUGGCGCAGGACAAGGCGCCAGCUACAGUGCAGAAAUCAGCCACAGCAACGAUCCACAUCAACAUUCUGGAUGUCAACGACAAUGCUCCCGUGUUCAGCCGUGAGAUGUACAACUCAACGGUGGCGGAGAAUGCCGCCCAUCAGCCACCGGCAGCCCUGCUGCAAGUGGAAGCCAUCGACCUGGACGAAGGACUCUACGGGGAUGUGCGCUACAUCAUUACGGGCGGCAAUGAGGCGGCACUCUUCAAGCUGGACGCCCAGUCGGGCAUUGUCUAUCCCGCUCAGAGUCUCGCGGGAAAGCAUGGCGUCUACGAGCUGACAAUCUCCGCACGCGACACCCAGGGAUCGGGAACGAUGGAGAGCACCACGAGGGCUGUGAUUACAGUGAUGCAAGUGAAUCGCCAUCGUCCGGAGUUUGUGAUUCCCGCGCUGUACAACGCCACGAUUGAGAUACCUGGGGACAUUGUGCAGCCCGACUAUCUGCUGCUGACAGUCAAGGCGAUGGAUAAUGACACGGAGGAGAACGGGCGGAUCAGCUACCAUCUGCAGGUGAACAAUCAGAACCAGCAGGAGAACACAGAGUUCAAGAUCAACGAGGCCACAGGGGAGCUGCGUGCCAGGCAGCAGCUCAAUCGCAAGAACCGCGCAAAUUUCGACAUCAUUUUGGUGGCCAGGGAUGCCGGCAAUCCACCGUUCGAGUCACUGCGCCUCCUCACUGUGAGCAUUGUGGAUGCCAAUGAGAAUCGUCCCGAGUUUCCCGAUGCCUCCAAUCCCUACAAGGUGUCCAUAAAUGAGAAUAGCGGGCGGGAUGUGAAGAUUGGACAUAUUCAGGCCGCUUCGAGGAGCAAACACAAUCGGGACAUUUUCUACUACAUGCUGCUGGGCAACGAGGAUGGGGCCUUCUAUGUGGACAAAAUAACGGGCGACAUCUUCACCAACAAGAGCCUGGAUCGCGAGGAAACGGAUGCCUACACGCUGUACAUUUUGGCCAGCAUCAAGGCCGAUCUGCAUAUAUCCGAGGAGGAGCGUGCUUCUUUCUCCAUUAAGACGCUCAAUCGGGAUAGCACGGUGGCCAAAGUGGCCAUAACAGUGCUGGACGUCAAUGACAAUGCGCCCGAGUUCGAGAAGCCCAUCUACUAUGCGGGCGUCAAUGCCAAUGCGAAGAUGAAUGCGGCCAUCACGCAGGUGAAUGCCACGGAUGCGGAUCAGGGGAAGAACGCAAAGAUCGAGUACAUGAUUGUGGCCUCGAAUCUGUUCAAGUUCGGGGCCUCCAAGUCCACGGGCUCGAUUGUCCCCAGUCCGUUUGCCAUUUCGCAGGAUGGAAGGAUCACAGCGAACACGAUCAUGGCUGAGUACAACCAGGAUCGCUUCGAGCUGGAGAUUCUGGCUCGUGAAUUGGAACAGCCACAGCGUUCGGUCAGCACCAAAGUGUUUAUCUGGGUCUUUGAUGGGACACAAUUGGUGCGCGUGAUCCUAUCGCGUCCGCCCGAGGAGGUGUACCAGGAGCAGGAGGAGAUCAUCGCGGAGUUGCGGAAUGCCACACAGCAUAGGAUUAUUGUCGAUGAGAUACGCUACCAUCUGGAUUCGGUGGGACGCAUUCGCAUGGACUGGUGCGACCUGUACUUUCAUGCAGUGGAUCCCCAAACCCAGCAGAUUGCUCCCGUUGAUGAGAUACUCAAGGAUAUCGAUAGGAACUAUGAUUACCUAAAGGACUAUUAUGCUGGUUUUGCCAUAGAGAAUGUUGUGCCCGCCUACAUAGCCAUUGUCCAGGAUGAGUUUGACCUCGCCGUAGCUGGGCUCGUGGCUCUGGUGAUUGUCCUCUUUGUGGGCGUGAUCAGCUUCAUUGUGUUGUGCUGCUGCCUGAAACACUGGAACCUGUCGGUGCCCGUGGAGACGCGCCGCAAGGAGGCGCUGAUCAAGAAGCAGAUCAUCGAGGACCUCAACACCACAGAGAAUCCGCUCUGGAUAGAACAAAAACUUAAGCUGUACGAGGAGCAGGAGCUCACCAUGCAGGUCUUCUCAGAGCCCGAUCACAUCUCCACUUCGGAGGCCCCGGGCCAUCUGGAUCAUCAUCGCAGCUCGCUGGAGCAGGUCCACCAUGUGGGCCAGACGGUGGACAACACAUAUGCCACCAUCCAGCCGCGCAACAACCAGAAUCGCCUCACGGGCGGAGCUGGCGGUGGCUCCCUGCGAAGCGGUGGGGCAGUCAGUGCCGGCGGCGUGGGCGGUGCAGGACUGCUGCUCGCUCGCGUGGAUCCGCAUGAGUUUGCGGACUAUGCCACGCUGCGAAACAAUCGAGCGCCUUCUCUCUACGAAUUCACGGGUUCCACAUUUCAGGCACCCAUACGGGAUGGCGACGAUGCCGUGGCAGAGUUGAUCUAAGCCCACGCUGGAGCCACCAGCCCCGAGAAAAUGUGUAAAUUAUGUAGUAGCUAUCUGUGUAGUGGAUUCUCUGAUCUGUGUUGCAUGUCCUGAGUUCGCCGUUGCGUAUAAACAAUAUGUUCUAGACACACACUCACACACGCACACACAGAAUACUUAUAUAUAUAAUGAGCGUACAUAUAUACAUGUAUCGUAUAUAGAGCGUAGCCUGUAUCUUGUAUGCCAACGAAUAUAUAGAGAACUCAACUAAAAACUAAUCAAGAAAAAGAAGCAUGAACAGAAGCAACAAGAACUACAACAACCCAUAGAGGAAUUUCUCCCGCAUAAAUAAUGACAAUAAUAUAUAUGUACUAUUAUAUAUUGAGAAUGUCUAGCCGUAAUGAAACGAUAUGAUAUGAUAUGAAUAUAUAAAAGUUAAAAUAUGUACAUGCUCAUCCUCAGCUCACUCCACUUUAUUGACUUUCGCGAUAUUAGUUUUAACACGUCUCGUACAGUCCCAUGUCCAAUGUGUGUCUACGGCCUAAGUUGUAAUAACAUUACCGAUACAAAAAGACUAAAUUAUUUGCUCUUCCAAUUCCGUGUUACGUAUUACGUUUAGUUGUGCCGCCUAACAUUUAGUUCUCUAGUUUAUAUAGUUUAUAGUUUAAUUAGCCAAACUUGCUCAUAUCCAUAAGCAUCACAUCCAUAAGUACAUAAGUUUAGUUCGGAGAAUUGGAAUUGUGCAACGAAUUAUGUUUAAACUACUUUCCCCCGCUGUUCGAGUCCCGUCCCCCCCACGAACAGAGCCAGAAACUCAUUUGUGUUUGCAUUUACAUAAAACAUACCUAUUAUAUAAAUAAAAUACAAAUUUA